UCAUCGAUGUUUUGACCACUAUUUCGUACCGUAUACAGAAUAUAAUAUUGGCAAAAGAAAAAUCUCGGUUAGAUGCUGCUCCUAGGGCCUGAGGAGGAUUACUUGGACGCCCAGUAGCAUUAUCCUUUGGCAGAGGACGCAGCCAACGCCCAGACAUGUCCAGUUCUAAUGGAGGCGUGGCAUCAGGGGCCGCGGGAAGCAGCGGCGUCGCUUCGCCUGGCGAUUGGAUUUGCCCAGAUUACGAUUGUCGCCAUCUCAACUUCGCCCGCCGUUUGCAGUGCAACAAAUGCGACCGGGACCGCGAUGGCAGUGAUAAGCCGGACCGGGACAGGGAUCGAGACCGGGAGCGGGAACGCGGCAACGGGAGCAGCAGCAGUAGCAGCAGCUCGAGCAAAAAGAAGCUGGGCACCGAGAUCGGCAAGGCGGCGGCCGACAAGUCGCGGGGCUUGUUCAGCGCCGAGGAUUGGCAGUGCAGCAAGUGCGCCAAUGUGAACUGGGCCCGUCGCCAAACCUGCAAUAUGUGCAACGCUCCAAAGUUCUCGGAUGUGGAGGAGCGGACUGGCUUUGGCGGUGGAUACAAUGAUCGCGGCGUGGUAGAGUACAAGGAUCGUCAGGAUUCGGACAGCGAGUACGAUGAGUUCGGACGUCGCAAGAAGCGAAAGCACGGCGAGCAUCGAGAGGACUCCAAAAGGCCCCGAAGAUCUAGUCGAGAUGAGCAGCGGAAUGAGGAGGAAGAAGAUGAGGAAGACGACGAGGGAGAUGACGAGGAUCUGUCAAAGUACGAUCUCUGGGGCGACGAAGAAGUCACUUCCACAGAUGUGAAGAACAAAGAGGCCACUGGCAAUGGCGACAAGGAGCGCAAGCGUACCUCACGCGACUCUACCUCUUCCGUGUCUUCCUCGUCGUCGUCGAGUUCGUCCAGCUCCAGCGACUCUUCGUCGAGCAGCUCGAGUAGCUCCAGCAGCGGUGGCAGGCGGAAAACCGCCUCGUCCAGCAGACGUUAGCUGCUAAGAACUUCUCUUUAAAUGCAUCUGUUUUUACACAUUUCUCUAAGGCAAACAUGCUUGCCUUCUUAUUUAUUUGCCAGUAUGCGCUCAGAUGAUCAUGACUUAUGGUACGAUGUCCAGUCUAACGUUUAAAGUAUAAUAAAACAUAUAAUUUAAGAACA